AUGUCGUGGCUAGACGAUAUAUUCCUCGAGUGGAAAAAACAAUAUGGGAACACCUUUGAAAUGCGGUUCCCAACGGACAGUCGGAUCGUCACUUUUGAACCGGAUCAUGUUAAAGCCAUCCUUGCGACCCAAUUCGACGCUUUUGAUAAAGGGCCCAUAUUUAUUGAUCAAAUGAACUCUCUUCUGGGGACCGGCGUCUUUAAUGCUGACGGCGAUAUGUGGAAAUUCCACAGACAAAUAACCCGCCCAUUUUUUAGCAGAGAACGCAUUUCAGAUUUCGAUACGUUUGAUGUGCACGCCAACGACGCACUGACACAAGCAAAAAUCAGAUUAUCCGAAGGGUAUCCUAUAGAUUUCCAGGACCUUGUUUCCCGAUUCACCCUCGACUCAGCAACCCAAUUCCUAUUCGGCAACGACGUCCGCUCACUCUCCGCCGGACUUCCCUACCCCGCCUAUUCCCCACUCUCCGACUCCCCCGAAUUCGUCAACCACCCCUCUAACGUAUUCGCAGACGCUUUUCUAGCAGGCCAGAUUCAGGCGGCUCUACGUACCCGACUGGGCCCGAAUUGGCCAUUGGGAGAGUUUUGGAAAGAUAAGAUUAAACCCCUCAGGGAGGUUGUUGAUCGGUUCGUUGAGCCGCUUAUGUGUGAUGCGUUGGCGAAGAAGCAGAAGGAGGUGGGUGAUGUUAAGGUUGAGGAUGAUUCGGUGACUUUGUUGGAACAUCUCGUUAAUCACACUCAAGACACAAAGAUUUUAAAGGACGAGCUCAUCAACCUCCUCGUUGCGGGACGCGACACCACAGCGUCUACCCUAACGUUCGCGUUCUACAUGUUAGCUGAACAUCCGAAAAUCGCGGACCGUCUCCGCGCGGAAAUAUUCGCCAAGAUGGGGCCGACUAAUCGACCGACUUAUGAGGAUAUGCGAGAUAUGAAGUAUUUAAGGGCGUUUAUUAACGGUGCGAGAAGAGGUGCUCAGGCUUUAUCCUGCUGUGUGAGUUAUCAUUUUCGCCUCGUCCUAGUUAUUCCCGGGCUCAUUGGGGGAUUAUAUAGUCCUUUCGAUAGCAGAAUGUCCAAUAAAGCGGCAGUAUGGACUUCAAAAACACCAGGAUCAAAGGCGUUUUACGUCCCCGCCAAUACUAGGGUCCUGUACGGCGUAUUCUUAAUGCACCGAAGGACGGAUCUGUGGGGCCCCGAUGCGCUUGAAUUCGACCCGGACCGAUUCCUAGACGAGAGAUUACACAAAUACUUGACGCCCAAUCCAUACAUAUUCACUCCGUUCAAUGCGGGACCUAGGAUAUGUCUUGGUCAACAGUUCGCGUACCAAGAAGCAUCUUUCUUCUUAAUCCGACUCUUACAGCAAUUCACCGGGUUCAGUCUAGCGCCUGUCGCUCAGCCCGAGGGAACUAGGCCCCCUGAGAGUUGGAAGGGGUGUGCUGGGUCGAAGGGGAGUACGAAGGUGUGGCCGGGGUUGCAUUUGACGAUGUAUGUUCGGGGUGGACUUUGGGUGAGGAUGGACGAGUUGAAACCUGAAGGUAGCGUUGCCUCCGCGGAGGCUGCGAUGUAA